CUCCCAGCCCCUUCGUCCGCUUCUAACGGAGAGAUGGACAGAAAUGACUUUCAAAAUGUGUCCUCCCCUCAAGAAGUGACUCGGCCAAUUCGAAAGCACAGUUCACAGAAAAAAGCUUCUGUCCUUGCUUCCUUGGAUGAGAGUUUAAGUGGUAUGAUAACUAGGAGCCCGAUGGUUCACAGGACUCCAGGAUUGAUGCCUUUCUCUUUUAGUCCACAGAGCAGGAGCGCCAUGAAGGCACCCAACGUAUCUACAAUCCUGGGCACAGGACUAAAGUCUUCUUAUCUGAUGCAAACUCCUGGAAAUCUUGGAAGCAUGUCUGCGUUGGAUGACAGUGAUUGGACGACCGCAUUCACCCCUCCACAUUCAGUUGUGUUCGCAAAUUUAGACUAUAGUGCAGCAGAGGAUGUCACUAAGAGUGCUGUUCUACUGAAUGAGGAUGAUCCUGGGGAAGCAGCUACAAGAAGCAUGUACUCUGAUUUUCUGCAGUCCCUUUUAAAGCACACUUCAACUACAGUCUUCGAACUUGUGGAUGAUUAUGAAGAGAUUUGCACUAGCCAGGUAAACAUUCUACAAAAAAUAGUUUACCGAGCAACACCUGGAAAGCAGAAGUUUUCAAGGACUGCCAGUGUUUUGUGGCUUCUCAAGCAAGAGAUGGUAACAUGGAGACUGUUGUCCUCAAUGUACAGGGAUAGAAUACAGUCUGCUCUAGAAGAUGAAAGUAUAUUUGACAUAGCAGUUAUAAAUGCUAGUGAAAAGACUGCUGUGAACAAUCUGUUCCAGAGAGAUUUAUUGGUUCGACAAAGCCAGUUGGUGGUUGACUGGCUAGAGAGCAUCGCCAAGGAUGUCGUUGGAGACUUUUCUGAUAAUAUUGAGUUUUAUGCAAAGUCUGUGUAUUGGGAGAAUACUUUACACUUCUUGAAGCAGCGACGUUUAAGUACACUCUCUGGAAGCUCACGACCAAUAGUAACCGAAUUAGACCCAGAUGCUCCAAUAAGGCAGAAACUGCCACUUGACGAUUUGGAUCGGGAAGAUGAUGCACGGUUGCUGAAGUUCCUUUUCACUCUUAUUAGAGCUGGAAUGACAGAUGAAGCUCAGCGACUGUGCAAAAGAUGUGGACAGGCUUGGAGAGCGGCAACUCUUGAAGGAUGGAAACUGUACCAUGAUCCUAACGUGAAUGGAGGGAAAGAACUGGAGCCGGUAGAAGGAAAUCCUUACAGAUGCAUUUGGAAAACAAGUUGCUGGCGGUUGGCAGAAAAGGAGCAGUUUGACAAGUAUGAGAGAGCAAUCUAUGCAGCCCUGAGUGGGAACCUCAAACAGCUCCUUCCAGUUUGUGAUACCUGGGAGGAUACAGUUUGGGCAUAUUUCAGGGUGAUGGUGGACACUCUUGUUGAACAGGAAAUUCGAACAUCAGUGAUGAACACAGAGGAGACAGAAGAACUCCCAAGAGAGUUUUUACAAACAAACUGGACUUUAGAAAAGGUUUUUGAAGAACUUCAAGCAACAGACAAAAAGAGAGUUUUAGAAGAGAAUCAAGAACAUUACCAUGUGAUUCAAAAAUUUGUUAUCCUGGGAAAUGUGGAUGGUUUGAUGGAUGAAUUUAACAGAUGGCUAUCCAAAGAUAGAAAUGUGCUCCCAGGACACCUGCUUCGGUUUAUGACUCACCUCAUCUUAUUUUUCCGCACAAUGGGACUACAAACCAAAGAAGAAGUUGCAGUUAAUGUUUUGAAAACUUAUAUUCAGUGGUUAAUAUGUGAGAAGCACACGGAUCUUAUAGCAUUUUAUGUCAGCCACUUGCCUCAAGAUGUAGGUAUUGCUCAGUAUGCUGUAUUCUUGGAAGAUGUCACUGAAACUGAACAACGCCACCACUGCCUGGAGCUAGCAAAGGAAGCCGGUUUGGAAGUUGCAACAAUAACAAAAACUGUUGUAGAAAACAUUUGCAAGAAAGAUGCCAAUGAAUUCACUCACCAUGAUCUUGCCAUUGACUCAGGCACCACAGAGGAAGAUCGCUUGAAGAUUGAUGUAAUUGACUGGCUGGUAUUUGAUCCUGCUCAGAGAGCUGAAGCACUUAAGCAAAGCAAUGCUAUCAUGAGGAAGUUCUUGGCAUCUAAGAAACAUGAAGCAGCAAAAGAUGUGUUCAUAAAAAUACCACAGGACUCUAUAGCGGAAAUAUACAACCAGUGGGAGGAGCAAGGAAUGGAUAGUCCCCUUCCAGCUGAAGACGACAACGCUAUUAGAGAGCAUUUGUGUAUCAGAGCAUACCUGGAAGCUCAUGAAGCCUUCAACGAGUGGUUUAAACACAUGAGCUCAGUGCCACAAGCGCCUGGCCAGCUUUCACAAGCCAGUUUCACUGAGAAAGUAGCCCAUGAACUUAAGGAGAAGAAGUAUGAGGUAGAUUAUGGAGUGUGGAAAGGUCUCUUGGAUGCACUUACAGCUGAUGUGAAAGAAAAAAUGUAUAAUGUCUUACUGUUUGUGGAUGGAGGCUGGAUGGUUGAUGUCAGAGAGGAUGCUGAAGAUGACCCUGAGCGUACUCAUCAAAUGAUCAUGCUGCGAAAACUCUGCUUGCCGAUGAUGUGCUUCCUCCUUCAUACAGUAUUGUACAGAACAGGGCAGUAUCAGGAAGAUCUAAAGCUUGCUGACUUGAUUGCAUCAGAACGGCACAAACUCUACAUGGUAUUUACUAAGGAUGAACUCCGAAAGCUGCUACAGAAGAUGAGGGAGUCUUCCCUCAUGCUUUUGGAUCAGGGUUUGGAUCCCCUUGGAUAUGAAGUUCAGUCUUAGUUCUCCCAUAACAUAA